AUGGAAGAACCACCUGGUUUUGAAAGAAACAUUACUGUUUGGUGUGAAACUGAGAUCUACUGGAUCGGGAAAGGGGGUUGUGAGUUUGUGACAUGGGUUCUUCCUAAAUUUGGGGGUUUUUAUAAUUCGUUGUAUCGAUAUUUUCUGCCAUAUUUUGAUAAUAAAAACGAUAAUAAUUAUCAUGUUAAUCAUCAUCAUCUGACAAAUGGUGGUGAAAAAGGGUUUAAGAAGGAAAUUAGGGAUUUACAGGAGAUGUUAUCGAAGUUAAACCCUAUGGCUAAAGAAUUUGUGCCUCCUUCUCUGGUGAAUUGUGUGAAUAAUAAUAAUGUUAUGUAUAAUAGCAAUUUUGGUUAUGUUAACAAUUUUCUAACGCCGCCGCCGAAUGCUGCUGCUGGUAAUGUCAAUGGAUUUCCUGGUAGAAGGAGAAGAAAUGGUUUUGGUCAAGGGAAAAGGAGGAUGAACAGCCGUACUAGUAUAGCUCAGAGGGAGGAUGUAAUCCGGAGAACCGUGUAUUGA